UGAGUAGCGGGGAGAGGGAAGGGGAGAGCGAGAUGAGACAGCCACGGGGAAGGGAGAAAGAGAAAAAGAGAGUAAGCAAGCCAGCGUGCGAGCAAACGAACGAAGGAGAGAGAGAGAGAGAGAGAGAGAGAGGUAGUGCGAGAGAAUGGGAAUGGAUGCGACGCGAUGGCGGCGGGUAUGGCAGGGGUAGAUCUCGCUAGGCGGGUAACCACCGCGGGCGGCAUUGUCAGGUAUGGCGAUGAACACACGAGAAGUCCGUCAUCGUUGCGUUACGAUGCGAACGAGUGAGUAACAACGCUACGCGGCCAGGUAAUAUCGAGGCAGCCCUCGAAGAGAUCGAUUUAAGAGCCAAACCGAAAGGCUGAAAGUUAGCUAACGAACGAACAAAGAGGAACCAAUGCACGAGAAACAAAGGUACGAGAGUAGGAACUGCAGUGCCGAUUCGAUGACAUGUAUUAUCUCGCGAGUGCGUUGCUUAUCGUUAUCGGUACAUUGGGGACAAAUUGUCCCCUUCCCGCGAGCACAGACGACAGAGCGAGUUUAAUCAGCGUGGCGAAGUGUUGCGAGCAGAACGAGCUUCUUGUCGACGACACGUGCACGCCAUUGACGGAAACGAACGAGACGGAGUGGAAGCCGGAAUUUGUGGAGGAAAAGGUCAACGGUAUAUCAAGGAACAGGCCGGUACAACCGAGUUAUCAAUUGAAGAUCGGAAGGCCGAAAUGUCAAUCCAACGAGCAUCAAUGGAACGUGUAUCAUUAUCGAUCCGGCGAGGAUCGUCUCGCGAUAUUGACAACUGGCGUGUUACGGCACUACACCACCGACUUGACGAAGGGAAGCCAGGAGUACAAUGGUAUAUUUAAAUUCGACGAUGCCGAUUCGAUGGACGAGGAUGAUCUCGACACGAUUUCUAUUCAUUACGACUACCCAUUCGGACAUUACUGCGCUGACAAAGCGAUUUUGAGCAGAGAUCGACUGGUAGCGACAUACGCGAUGAUCUGCGUACCCGACGUGGUUGUCAAAUGGUCCGACACGAAUUAUUUGAUGAAACACGCGAUCGAUCCUACCUUCCACGCAAUAUCAAUAGCCAGUUACCUGGUUGUCGCGGUUGUCUAUUUCGUUCUACCGCAGCUGCGUGAUCUUGUGGGAAAUAUGAUAACUAGCAUGACUCUGUGCCUUAUAGCCGGUCAAUCUGCGUCUACGGUCAGGAUCUUUACGGAAUUCGGCAAUCACGUCAGUUUUAUGAUUGCCGAUACCGUCAUGUACGUCUCCUUGUUAGCUGCAUUUUUCUGGCUGAAUGCCUUGGGUUAUUACGUGUGGAACACGUUUCGUUCGCGAAAUGUAUUUCUAAGAGUAACCGACGGGAGGAAAUAUUGUUACUAUUCUACGUACGUUUGGGGUUCGACGAUUUGCAUAGCGGGUACUGCGAUUUUUGCACAUUUUGCUUUAGAGACUAACAAGCCUGUCGUUGGCGGAAUGAUAUAUCCACCUCAGGAAACGAUCGGUUGGCUAGGCAUUUCCGUGCUAUUUACGUCGAUCGCAUUUACAAUAAUGAUCGACUUAUGCUUUGCGCUAACAACCGCCAACAGGAUUAAACGAAUGAGCACAUACGGUCGAAUUCAUCAUAAAAUGAAAUACAGCUUUAGGAUGUUUGUUUUCUUGUUUACGAUAAUGAGUAUCGGUUGGCUGUCACUUUUGCUAUCGCAACUGAAUUACAAGACAUUAGAGUACUGUCAUGUCGUCAUUAAUUUACUGCAAGCGAUUCUAAUACUUUAUGUUUGCGUAUUUGGACAGAGAAGAGUUACAUUUUUGCUUGGUAAAACGUGCAACUGCUGUAAUUCAGGGGAAAACAUUGAGGGUCUUGACUGGGGCGAAGAAAUGACUGCUAUCAACGCGGGAUAUUAAAGAAUUAUUAAAUCGUACAGCUCACUAUGAAA